AUGAGUGAUUUGAAGUUUGAGAAACAGAAGAGUGAAUGUCUUUCUGGUAUAGAUUGGAGUAGAAAAGGUUCAGUUGAUAUACCAAUUGGAGAUUUAGUGCAAUAUAUAAACAGUUUAAAUCACUAUUUUACCACCAGUUCAUGUUCAGGCAGAAUAAUGGUCUUCCAACAGGAGGAUAGCAGUAUAAUACAGAAGAAAGGCUGUCAAUGGUUGUAUACCACUCAUGAAGAUGCUCAACUCAAACCUAUGGUUGAAAGUUUAAAGAAUAUAACAGGCAAUGCAGUGUUCAAAUUUGAACCAUUUGUUCUGCAUGUUCAGUGUAAAUGUAUAGAGGAUGCUCAAAAAUUACAUACAGUAGCAAUAGCAUCAGGGUUUAGAAAUUCUGGAAUAACUAUUGGUAGUAAAGGUAAAAUAAUAAUGGCAGUAAGAAGUACACAUUCUUUGGAAGUUCCAUUAUCAAUUAAAGGAGAAGUGUUAGUUUCAGAAAAAUAUUUAUAUCAUCUGGUACAAUUAGCUAAUGAAAAAUUGCAUGAGAACUUCUGCAGAAUACAAAGGUAA